AUAGAUGACGUGGACUCGCUUUGUCUCAAUUUCAUUGCCGCUUUCAAAGAAUACCUUGCUGAUUGGAUCGCGGAACGGCAAAAGGGAAACCGCGAUGAGUCUUCGCUGACUCACGACCUUAACCUUGCUCUUCGGCCUCAGAUAGCUCACCUUACCCACGAAAGUCGGUGGCCACUUCCAUACGCUCUGGGAAACAUAGUGCGGCAGUUGAAGAAAGAAAUUAUGAAAAUAGGGUCGCCUGACAGAAAUGGACGCUUGCAGGAUGUCGGAGAUGUGAAGAAGUGGUUAGAAGAUUGUGAAGAGGAAUACUUUGGUAGUGCAUACCGAGCCAUUUCGGAAUAUCUUUUAGUAAAGAUGAGGACGGCUCCAAACGUCAUCACCUAUGACUGGUGUCCUCUGGUUAACAAGGUGCUUCUAGACGCUGUUGAAAAGGAUUCCAAUGCAAUAUUUACUGUGAUUGACCCGGAGAUGGAGGGCAAAGGCGAGUAA